AAAUUUAUAAUUAUUCUAUCGUGGAUACAAUUAAUGAUGAUUAUUUUUUAUUUAAUAAAUCGUUAUUAUAAAUAUCGUAUGAAUAUAUUACCACAUCAUCAAUAUGUAUUAAAUAAUUAUUUUAAUGAUAAUUAUUAUGAUGAUAUUAAUAAUGAUUGUGAUGAUGAUGAUGAUGAAAAAAAUUAUGUUUAUCAUAUGAAAAGAUAUUUUUUUCGACAAGCAUUUGAUUCACCAAUACCGACACCAAAGCUUACAUUAUCGGAUAAACAACAACAACAACAGCCACCAACAACGCCACCUAUACCGCCAAAGCCUCCUAUGAAAGGAGUAAAUGUUUGAAUGAAAUUUUUCAAUUGAUCCAGGAACACAGUGAAACAAAAAAAGUUUACCACUUGUUGAUAAUGAUCAUAUUGUAU